GUUCCCAACGGAGGCGGAUGAGGACACCAGUGUACAUCCAGAAUCCCUUAAGGCUUAGGUGUAUCUUCAUAAAAGUACAGGUUGUGACACUUUCUCUGAGAAAAGUGUUACCGUGUGCCCACACACAAAAAUGACCACUGAUCAGGAUCUGAAGAUGGAUGGCCAGCCAGCUACGUCCGUCUUUGCUACAAAGGGCACUGAUGUAACACCUAAAAAAGACAAAGGAGUUGUCAAGGUUGUGAAGCGUCAGGGGCUGGAUGAAGAGCGGCCGAUGAUAGGGGACCGAGUGACCGUCCACUAUACUGGGAAGCUGCUCAGCGGGAAGAAGUUUGACUGCAGCCGAGAACGCAAAGAACCUUUUAGUUUUAAUGUCGGCAAAGGUCAGGUCCUUAAGGCCUGGGAUAUUGGUGUAAUGUCCAUGCAGAGAGGCGAGGUGUGCACGUUUCUCUGUAAACCAGAGUAUGCGUAUGGAUCUGCAGGAAAUCCAGACAAAAUUCCUCCCAGUUCCUCUGUGGUGUUUGAGAUGGAGCUUCUCAAGUUUGAAGGAGAGGCUCUCACAGGCGAUUCCGGCAUCAUAAGAAGGAUAAAGGUCAAAGGAGAUGGUUACAUGAAUCCCAACGAUGGAGCAAGUGUUGAAGUGCAUCUGGAGGGAAAGUGUGAUGGCCGACGAUUUGACUGCAGGGACGUCAGUUUUAUUGUUGGUGAGGCUGAAGAUAAAGGCGUUCCUCUCGGAGUGGACCGAGCCAUGGACAAGAUGCAGAAGGGAGAGUGCUGUUUACUUUAUCUAAAACAAAAGUAUGGCUUUGGAAGCGAAGGUAAACCGGAAUUAAAAAUUGGACCAUACAAAGACAUCGUAUACGAAGUUACCCUCAAAAGCUUUCAAAGGGCUAAAGAAUCCUGGGAAAUGGACCUACCUGAAAAGCUGGAGUUGGCUGCUGUAGUUAAGCAAAAAGGCAAUCAGUAUUUUAAGGUAGGGUUACACCACCAGGCAGUGGCCCAGUACCAGCGCAUCGUGUUGUGGCUGGAGAUGGAGUGUGGGACUGGGAUGGAGCAGCAGAAGAGAAUACAGUCCUACAUGUUGACAGCACACCUCAACUUAGCGUUGUGUUUCCUGAGGACAAAAGAGUACACACAAGUUGUGGAAAACUGCAACAAGGUGGUUGAGCUGGAUGAGCACAAUGAGAAGGCUUUGUACCGUCGUGGGGAAGCACGACUCCUCCGUAACGAGUUCAGUCUGGCCAUUGAAGAUUUCCAGCACGUGUUGCAAGUCAACCCUUCAAAUCGAGCAGCUCAUACCCAGAUUUCCAUCUGCCAAAGCAAAAUUAAAGAACACCACGAACAGGACAAGAAGACCUAUGCCAACAUGUUCCAGAAAUUUGCAGAACGCGACGCCAAGCAGGUUAGAAAGACGAAAAGGAGGCGGGAUGAGUGCGGGAGGAACGGCAUGAACGGUGAAGUGGGCCUCAAGCGACGGCGGAGGAGUCAGGACGGUCCAUCGGCAAAGUGACUUUUGAAAGGGAGAAAAAAAAGACAUGGCUUCCUUUGCUUCUCAAGCCCAGGGAGCAGAGGCAAGAAAAAGGUUGUAAAGAAGCCUCUAAUCCAAACAUCUUUAUCCCAAAAUCCAACGUUACCAUUCCUGCAUAUAAAAAAUACUUUAAGCAGGGACGUUUGCAAGCCAAACAGCAUUUCCCCUGUCACAUGGACUGUGUGACUGCCAGGACGAAUUAGUACUGCAGAAUCAGAGAGUAAUUGGUGAACACUUCUAGCCCCCACCUAUUAUUAUUUGAAAAAUAUAGUAGAUUUCUUCAAAAACACAGAUGAGUAACAUUUUAUUUGUCAUUCAGACUUCAAACUUUUGCUAGUCUUUAAAUGUGCAAUAUGUACUUUGGAUAAAAGGUGUAAUAGGUCCUGUUAGCUUGGUGUAGAAAAGCCUGCAUUCAUUUAAUGUUGGGACAUUUGUUCUAUAAUACUACAAAUCCAGGACUCAAAAAGAUUACCCUCCAAACAUGAAUCUGCAAUAAUGCAAGAAAUCAUGAUUGAAAGCUCAAGUUUCUCAUCAGCAGAUGCAGUGAGUAUAAUCUGAAAGCACAAACUACAAAUACUAAAUUACAAAUAUAAAUCUGUAACUCUGGUGUUAUGACAAAUUCAAAAUUAUCUUUAUUUGGUUUUUAGUAAAUGCUGAAUUAAUGUAAUUUGUAACAUUGAGCUACUACCUAUGAAGCCAAAUCAGUACUUGUGUUUAAAGCCUAUACGAGGAACCUAAACUGAGAGAGAUUAUUUCCAGAAUUACAAUUCAAAUUCAGCGCCUUGUUUUGGGCAAAUAUGAGGCAUUGUUUUAUGAUGGAUUAGACUGCUGUCAUGCACUAAAGUAAUUUAUUCAUGAAUACAUGCAUGAAAGGUCAUUUUUUGUUAAAUGUAUUUAGUUGUUGUCCAUUUAACCGUACAGUACAAACUGUUUUUCAUGAGAAGCCAGGCUGGUAUUGUUUCAAAACAGUGAUGAUCUAUGGAAGUGAAAACAGAUGAUAACUUUUUUAUGGAGUGAUAACAUAACAUUUCAGUGGCAGCUGCAAAAAUCUUAAUAAAAUAGAAACUGAGAGUUGAAAUAUACAUAUAAUUAAAUGUUUUAGCUCUGGAGCUUUGGUAGAUUUGACUGAUUGAUGACAUUCUUCUCCUGUUGCACUCAUGUGUUAAUCUAUCAGCUAAUUGCAUAAACAAGCAUGGCACAAUCUUCAACACACAUACAUUUUCCUUUAACAGCUGGCUGUCAUAAAUCCGCUUAAUUAUAAUAUAAUCUUUUUGCGAAGGGAGGCAGUCGAUCCUAACAUCACCUCCAUCCCCGCCUUUUUAUUUGACAGGGAAGAUGUAAUACUAUUUGACCCUGUGAGUGUAAGCGGGAGAGAGACACAGUAACUGCAAUUAAGCUUUAAAACUGUCAAUAUUUCAAAUCUGGUCAUUUGAUCAACUUCGCAAUGCUGUGUGAAUGCUUUUGCCUCAAUCCAGGAAACGUUGUCUCUCUAUUUCACUGCAUCUAUUUCAUGUUUUUUGUUUUUUUUAAGUGUAUGAAUGAUGGUUGAUAGUGGACAGUGUUGCACUUUGGUGACUGUAAAAACCAACACUGUUAUCUUUUCAUGAAAUAUCUGGAUAAAGUCUUGACGAUAAUCUAGAGAUGUUUUAUAAACAUUGUUUGGUUCAGAACGAAAACCUUAGCUGUCUUAAAUAUUUUGUGGGGAAAAAAAUCAACAGUGUGUAUGUGUGUGUAACUGUGUGUGUGUGUGUUGAUAUACUGUAUAUUGUUGUUGCUUAUUAGAAAGGUUUCUAAACAGCUUGUUGCUAUAUGUUUUCAAGUACUGCUGGCUCUAAACAUUCAAACAUUUUGUACAGUGGAAAUGAGCAUGAAGUACCUCUUCUAGCAAUUAUUAUUGCAUUUAAGAUUAUACAGAAUAUUUAUCCCCUCAUUGUCAUCUACAAAAAAAUACCCUGGGCUCUUGGAGCUGUAUUCUUCAUUUUUGAUAACUUGCCAAUGUCAAUUAUAUUAUAGGAAUAUUUGGAAAAGUUUGACAUAAACAAAAUGCAGCUAGUUAACUGCCGCACUGCCGAUUGAGAUUGGUUUUAUUAGAAACUGUUCUACUAAAUGUUUACAUAUAUUCAAAAGAUCUUCAUCCUGUAAAGCAAGAUUUGAUCAAUGUUUUAAACCGGCAUUUAUGCAAUGAAAUAUUUUCAGACAAAAACUAAGGUACCUUUGUUCAUGUCUUCUUUGUAUAUAUUUUUUAUUUUUUUGCACUUUAAAAGCAUUUAAUAAAUCUAAGAGUUGCA